AUGGACGACAACGACAAGGUCCCCGCCAAGCCCGAGGCGGAGGCGGACGAGGUUCCGCCCGCGGUCGAGGCCGAAGCCGACAAGGAGGAGGACGUGACGGCUCCCGAGCCUGUUUCUGAGCCUGCGGUCGAGGCUGAGGAGACGGAGACUGCUGCAGAAUCAACAGAUACCCCUGACGAAAAGGAGGCCGAUGUGGAAGUGGAAGCUGAAGCUGAAGUAGAAGCUCAAGCUGAAGCAGAUGCUGAAGUAGAAACUGAAGCUGAACCUGAAGCUGAAGCUGAGGUCGUCCCAGCAGAAGACGACACGCCGGCUGCAGACGACGCCGACAAUGACAUCACACUAGACGAGCCCGACCAGGCGGACGCCAAAUCGGAAAAGGAUCUCGCGGAACAGAGUCCCGAGCUAGAGCCCGCGGACGAUGCCGACCCACAGGAGCCAGAGCCCGAGUCCGAGCCACCGUCCCAAAAUGAACCUCAACAGGUCGUCGAGGAGGAGGCGCCGGGUCCGGAAGAGCCCCAACCUCGGGUCGAGGAAGAACCCGAAGAGGAAGAACCAUCUCACGAGGAGCCCAACGCGGAAUCCGUGGCCGAGGUCGAGGCUGAAGAAGAUGCUGAGCGGGGAAGAUCACUCCAGCCGGCGGCUGAAAUCACAUCUACCGCCGACGAGGCCAGCCGCUCUUCCUCCUCUCUCCGCCGCGCCUCCGGACACACCGAGGCCCUCAUCCACGCCGCCGCCAAGGAGGUCCUUGAGCGCCUCGAGGCCCAGACCAUGGAGACCAUCAGGAACAGAUCACACUCCCGCCAGGACUCCGCCGGGUCUACCAACCACGGGACCGAGCUGCACUACGACCUCCGCUCUGGAGAAAGCCGCCGCGAGUCCUACAAAACCGAGUCGCGCGCGAGUCGCCGCGAGUCUUACGACACCCGACCCCGAAGCAGUCGUCGCGAGAGCGAGUUCCGCCCUCCUUCUGUGCAUGCCGAGGACGCCGCCGAUAGCUCCUCCCAGCACGGCGACUCGGACGUGUUCAGCGACCGCAGCCCCCGCAGCUCGCUGGGCUCCUUCGACGGCCAUGUCGACUACCACAAGGACGCGAGCCACCGCUCCUCCAAGCGCUCCUCACGCAACAUGCCCGACGACGUGUCCAUCUCCGAGAUGUCCUACUACGACAAGGAGGAGUUCGUUCCCACCAUCCGCGGCACCAACCGCAUGCCCUUCCGCUCCCCCUCGGACGUUCGGGCACUGCAGUACUCCUCGCCGGCCGCCUCCGUGACGGGCUCCUACUCACCGCGCUCCGCCAAGCGCGCUCAGAUGCCCACCAUCUCCCGCCUCGGCAGUCCCACCGUGUCCGGGCAAUACAGCACCAAAGGCCGCAAGACGCCCGCCCGCUUCAACCCCAAGAAGGAGCCCGCGCCCCUCGUGCUGCUUCAUGUCACCCUCCUUCCCCUCCGCUGGCAAUGGGCCGAGAUCCUCGAGCAGACGCCCUCCGAUACUCUGUCUCCCGAGGCCAAGACCCUGCGCGAGGCCUGGCACCACCUCCACGACCGCGUCGCCGACACCGUCUGCGAGCGCGGCAUCCUGCUCUCCCACCCGCAGGAGGACUACGAGCUCCUCGAGGAGCGUCUGCUCGAGGCCCUCGACCUGCCCCUGCGCCGGCGAGGCCGCGUCCUCGAGUGCGGCCACUACAUCGGCCCCUCCAACGAGAUGACGCUCGGCGAGGACGACGACAGCGACGAGGACGAGUACGACGAGGACGCCAGGCGGAGGACCGGCGCGCUGGUCAAGACCCACUGGUGCCACACGUGCCGCCACGACAUCCGCUACGAGUCGCUGGGCCCCGGCAAGAUCUUCCGCAUCAAGGUCUACGCCAGCAACGGCCUGAUGAGGACAGGCGCCUGGGCCGCCUGCUGGAAGGAGAUGGAGCGCGUCGACGUCGAGAUCGAGCCCAUUGUCGGGUCGGCCCUCUUGGACGAGCUGGAGCGCCUCGUCUUCGCCCAGUCGCAGCAGCUGCAGCUCGUCAAGCACGACCCCGCCAUCCUCGAGUCCACCGAGGGCAGGGACAUGCCCGAGGACCGUGGCAUGUCCGACUUUGACCGCGGCGUGCCCUCCAUGGAACGCGACAUGCGCUCCCUGGACCGCGGCAUCCCCGCCCUGGAGGAGCCGCCCCGGCGCGAGCCGUCCCACUUGGAGGAGAACAACCUCCUCGAGCCCAGCUACGUGGAUCGCGAGGCCCACAUCGCAGCCUCUUCGCCCUCCCCGGCUGCCGGCGACGCCCGGUCUCCCUCGCCUAUUCCCGACUACGACGAAAGCGAGGAGCGCCGCCUCCGCGACGAGGAACGCAUGCGGGAGAUCUACGGCCACGUGCCGCCGUCCGAGCCCCAGCACCACGAGCCGGCCCCCGAGUCCCCCCACUCGGAGUCGCAUCACGAGUCCUUCUCGGCCCGGUCCCCGUCGCCGCACCCUUCCUCCCCUGCUCCUCAGCAGCAGCCCGAGCCGCAACAGGCGCAGUCCCAGCAGUAUCCACCCCACCAGCCCGCCGGCCCGGAGGCGGCCUACCCCCCGCGGCCGCAGGGUUUCCAGAACGCCGGGCUCGGCGAGCUGCUCCUCGAGGCGGCGCGCGUCUUCAUGCAAGACAAGAAGAACCUGGCCAUCGUCGUCAUGGGCCUGCUCGUGCUGUUCAUGGUGACCCGGCCCGCGCCGAGGGAGGUCAGGGACUGGGACGGCAAGUUCGUCGAGCACGUCGCGCCCAUGGUGUCAGAGCCACCGUCGGCGGCGGCGGCGGCGGCGCCUCCGUUGAUGGAGACGGUCCAGGCCAUUGUCGAGUCGGUCGCGUCGUCCGAUGAGGCCCCAGAACAGGUUGUUGCUGUGGAGUCGACGGCCCCCGACGUCGAGGCAGCCGAGCACGACGUCCGGGAGGAGGAGGAGGAGGUCCCGGUGGCAGAAACAACCGCUUCUGUUGCCGAUGAGGAGCCUGCUGAAAGUACCUCGGCGUCAGCCACGUCGCAGACGUCUGCUGUGGAAGAAGAGAUGCCCGCGUCUGAGGAGGUGAUGGCUCCCCCUGCCCCUACCCUGGCUCACGAAACCAUCAUCACCAGGGAGCUGGUCCGUAUCAUCGAGACGGUGACGGAGACUGUCAAAGCUGUCAUUACCGAGACGGAGGUCGUCAGGGUUCAGGCUACGUCCAGCGUAGUGCCUGAGGUCUCUGUUGAGGAGGAAGCUGCUGCUGCUCAGGCGGAGACGCCUACCGAAGAUGCUACCGUCGAAGAGGCCCCAGCCACCGAGACGGUUUUGACUGUUGAGGAACCCGUGGACGAACAGGUCGUCAGAGACCAAGAGGUUGCGGAGGAUGGACAGGUUGUCAAAGACCAAGAGGAUGUGGAGGACGAGCACGACGAGCUCUGA